CACCCCGACCCCGCCAUGACACCUAGCGAGGCGGAAGCGGUGCUGCGUCUUCAGGGCCGGUUCCCAACGGGGUCCGCACCCGCCGCCGAGCGUCCCUUCUGCUUCCGGGUUCUGUGGCAGAACUUCCGGGGGGGCAGAGCCGCGAUCCCGGAAGUGGGAGCCGGGCGGGGCGAGACGCAGGUACUAGGACUUCUGGCCGAGGGACCCAGGCGUCCGAGCUCCCCCGCGCUGCCGGGCCGGGACCCGCUCGGCUGGAUGAACGGGACCCGGCAGCGCCGGAGCUGCGAGAUGGUGCAGCCAAGCGCAGGCCCAGGUGGCGACUGCGGAGCCCUGGGCGAGGACUCGUCCCUGGGCAAGGUGGCGGCCUGGCAGCUGCCCCCCGACCUGGCCGGGCACGAGGCCCUGCAGCGCUUCCUGGUCGAGAACCAGGACCUGAAGGAGGCCAUUCGACAGAGUAACCAGAUGCUGCGGCAGCGCUACCAGGAGUUCCUGCGCUUCCAGGCCAUACAGCGCGAGGAGAAGGAGUUCCUGAUGCUCCGUUUCCGGGAGGCCCGGGAUGUGGUGGAGAAGCUGAACACUGAGCGAACCGAGAUGAAGUGCCAACUGGAGCAGGCCCUCUGGGAGGUGGAGCAGCUCAAGGGAAGGCAGCAGCUGCGCACCCUGGAGAAGGAGAUUCCUGAGCCAGAGGAGGCGGACACUAUGACCCUGACCCAGGAGUUGGCUGAGCCCAUGAUGGAGAAUGGGGUCCAGCUGGAGAGGCCGGUGGAGCUGGAGGUCCUGCAGGGCAGCGGGGACAGCGGACCCAGCAGCAGGCAGGACGCAGCCAAGCUGCUGCAGAGGAGGCUGAAGGAGACGGAGGAGGAGAGCGUGGAGCUGAAGCAGCAGCUGGCAUUGGUGCGGGAGGAGGUGGCCAGGCUGGGAGCCAGGGCGCAGGAGGCUGAGCAGCAGGCCGAGCAGCAGCUUCAGGCCCUGAGGAAACAGCUGGAGCAGCUGACGGAGGACAGGGCCUCGGUGAAAGCCCAGGUGACCUCACUGCUGGGGGAGCUGCAGGAGAGCCAGAGCCGGCUGGAGGCCUGUAUGCUGGAGAAACAGGAUCUGGAGGAGAAAGCACAGGCUGCUGCCGAGCAGCGCUGCAAGCUGGAGCGGGAGGCUGAGGCUCUGCACAAGCAGCACAGCGUGCAGGUGGACCAGCUGCGCAUGCAGGCCCAGAACCUGGAGACGGCGCUGCGGGUGGAGAGGCAGGGCGCCACAGAGGAGAAGAGGAAGCUGGCCCAGCUGCAGGCGGCCUAUCACCAGAUCUUUCAGGAGUACGAUGGGCAUGUGAAAUCCAGCCUAGAGAGCGAGAAGAGGAGCCAGGGCAUGGAGCUGCACCUGAAGGAGCUGCUACAGCAGCUGCAGCAGGCCGAGGAGGCACUGGUGGCCAAGCAGGAGCUGAUUGACAAGCUGAAGGAGGACAUGGAGCAGCACAAGGCUGUGCUGGAGACCAUCCCGGUGCUGAAGGCCCAGGCCGAUAUCUACAAGGCGGAUUUCCUAGCAGAACGUGAGGCCCGGGAGAAGUUGCACGAGCAACGCGAAACUCUGCAGGAGCAGUUGGAGCAGCUACGGCGGGACUAUGACAAGCUGAAGGCAGACGCUAAUGGAGCCACCUGGGCUCUGAUGGAGGAGAUGAGGAACCGCCAUUCGGAGGGGCGCCCGCCUGUACCCCAGCCAGUUUACAACAUGGCCCCAGUACCUUUCCAAGCCCUGCCAGCUGCAGGGCGUAGGCGAAGUAUCUCCGAGGAGCAGCCGGAUUUCUGCUGUCCCAAGUGCCAGUACCAGGCUCCUGACAUGGAUACACUGCAGAUCCAUGUGAUGGACUGUAUCAAGUGAUGCCCAUGAAGGAGGAGGAGGCUGGGGGCAAGGGGCGUGCCUGGCCUGCUCGACUCUUUGCUUCCCCCCCCCCCCCAUGGCACUUGCUGCUCUGCGACACAAUGCUGCAAACUGGGUUCACAGCUGUCUUGAGCCAGUUGGAAUGGACAGUCUGUGGGUAUCAUGGGGGAGGAUGGGGUUUGCACCAUUGUCUCUGCCUUACGUGAAACUGAAUGUACCUGAUCUGCUGUAAUUCAGGGAUUUGACAAUCUGUGGAGAUUGACAGAUUUGUAGGGUGAGCAGGGGCGCUGAGAGCUACUGAACCAAACUUUAAACCCUGUAUAGAAUGGAAACCACUUCAAGCCAGGGGUGUAGCAGCACUCGGCAGGGGUAGAAGAGGGGUGACAGGAAGGUUUCACUGUUCAUCUCCUUUUUGAGCACCUUAUUGCUAACCCUGAACCAUUUGCAGGGUGUGGUGGUGAAGACAGAUUCUCCUGCUCAGUUUCAGGCUGUCGCAGCAUCUCUCUGCUUUCCUUCUACACUGUGCUCUGGUUAUUUAACAUUAUGGUCCAUGUGCUGCUCUAAAAGUCAGACUCUUGCCUUAAUGUAAAGUCUAUUAAAACUUAAUGUGGAGGGAGGGGAGUUGAGUGUUUACAGACCUUGCUGUAUUGAGCCCCCUUCCUGGUUUGGCUAAAGCAUCUACAACACAAGAAUCUGCUUCUUUUCUAAGUA